CUACGAGUCGGGCGCCGCAGUGUUUGUCAGUCCUUCGUAUGGACAUCACGUCUGACGCGGCUGAUAGUCUUAACCGUGCGCAGUGGCAUUCGCGUAUACGCGUAAGUUUUGGCGGCAUCUAUCAUACCAGGGCCAGCAACGUGCCGUGCAUCGAGUCCACCGUCGAUGAGCCACCGGACGCGCUUAGGCUCGCUUACGAUGCAGACGUCUCGGCCUAUCGUCAUCUUGGCGAGUCAUUCGAGGAUUAUCCAGCCGCUGGAGAUGUGAAAAGAUCGCGUUGGAAGCGAUGUGGCUUCCGGUGAUACUGCUCGCCUUGAUGGCGAGCGGUUCCGCGUGUCCAGAAUCGUGCGAGUGCCAUCAGAGUGCCGUCGAACGAGACUUGCCGGCUCUUGUGCAUGUGAAGUGCCGCGGCCGUGUGCCAGAAUUGUCGGAAUUGUCGGUUAAAACGAAAAGUCUCUCGGUGGACGGGGUCGAGGAGUACGCAGUGAUCAGUUUCUUCGACGAACUGGAAGUGACCGAUACGCUGAACGAUUUCGAGAUGAUUAGUGCAUUGAACGAAUUCGAGGAGAACGAUACGAUCGUCCACGAUUCGGUGAACAAUUCGAUCAACUUUCCCUACCUCGACGAGUUGUCCGUGACGAACUGUUCGUUGGUGUACUUGAACGUGUCGUGGCACGGCAUCGAGCGCGUGAGAACACUGAACCUGUCGUGCAACAAUCUGGCGCACCUUGACAGCGUGCUGGUAGGCCGUAUGACGAAUAUGAGCGAGGUGACGCGUUUCGACUUGUCCGAUAACUCGCUGACGGACGUGAGUGCCGGAGCUUUUAGGACGCUUGCGAAAUUGGUGAGAUUGAGUUUGAGUAGAAACGCGAUAUCCGACGUCCACGAGGAUGCCUUUCGGGGAUUGGAUCGGUUGGAGUUCCUCGAUUUGUCGGAUAACAGGCUGGCUAAGCUGCCAGACAACGCGUUGACGCCGCUCUAUUCGUUGCAAAAGUUGGACCUGAGUGGAAAUCAACUGCAAGUUCUGGGCGCCAGGUGGUUCGAGAAUCUCUACAGAUUGAGGGAACUUGAUGUUUCGAGAAACGGUUUAGCACGGGCGGCAUCAGGAACUUUGCAACCGCUUCCGGGAUUGUCGGUGCUAAAACUCUCCGAGAACCCUCUCGAAGAAAGAGAUGUUUCGCUGCUGCUGGGUACCGGCAGACGUUUAGAAACAGUGGACGCAUCGAGAACAGGCUUGGCGAGAGUGCCAGCCGCGCUAACGAGAUCCGUGAGAGCGCUCAGACUGGCCGGAAAUAAGUUAACCACCAUUCGUGGCGGAGAUUUGGAUAGUUAUCCACUGUUACGGAUAUUGGACAUCUCGGAGAACCGACUGACAGACAUCGAAGACGAUGCCCUUGGGCGCUUGGAAGUUCUCGAGGAAUUGGAUAUUUCUGGCAACGUUCUCGUCCAAGUACCUGGAAGUCUACCGAGUAGCCUGACGAGUUUGGACCUCCAGCGAAACGCGAUAACGUCUUUGAAUGUAAACGAUUUUCAAGGGCUGUUCAACCUAAAAUCCCUAACCUUGAACGAUAACGACAUCAACGAGAUCGAAGUCGGAGCACUCGGUCAAUUACCGUUGCUAGAAGAACUAGAUCUGUCCGAUAAUCCCAUUAAAACGCUACCAGCUAAUACUCUAAGUGGACCAAGUAAUCUCGCCAAGCUUCGUAUGUCGGGAUUAACUUCGCUACAGCGGAAGCAAGAGGAACAAAGUGACAUGGCGUUUCCAGUACCUACUCCCGAAAGACUCGUAUUUCUCGACGUAUCGAAGAGUCCGAUCCUGGCCAGGCAGCUUUUAGCAGAUGACGCCGCUCUGUCCGCCUGCAAAAGCUUGAUCGAAUUGAAUCUGUCCGAGACAAACAUUACCAAACUCAGAUUCGAUCUACCGUACAUGCUUCCACAAUUGCGUAUUUUGAACCUGAGUAGAAAUAAUUGGAAUUGCACGGAGGACCUCUACUGGCUCGGCGAAUGGCUGCUGCAGCACGAGCAACUGAAUAAAAACACCGAACCGGGACAAUGCGCUACUCCACGGGAAUGGUCAGGUUCGUUUUUAUACGAAUUGCCUUCGCCGCCGAGUCCUCUACCUACGAUCGUGCCAAUUGCGGAAACAACCAUUUUUGUUACGUCGUCGAUUCUACUCGCGACGAAACGCGUAUCUCAUUUCGAUAAGCCAAACCUGUCUUCCAACGUUACCGAUAUCAACGCAUCCAAAGUAGCCGAUAAUCUCUCGAAUGAGUCCAAUAACAUGGACGACGCAGGACAUCCAGCUAACACGGAGCCCGGUCACGAAACGAACAAUCUUCGCAACGUCUUUAACAAUCCUCGAAAUAUUCGAAGGAAAACAGUGUCCACGCUGUCCGGCACGUCGGUAGCAGUCUCGAGUAACGAGACGCGUUUCUACGAGGCACCGACGUCGUUCAGGAACGUCACGUCAUCGAUCAGGAAACAGAAAGCACGAAAAAUGACGAGACUCGAUCCGAAAUCGACAGAGUCUGAAAAUUCAAUUACCGAUGUCGCUGGUAUGUCGUACCGGAACCCGAGCGAGGGAAAAUCGUCAAUUAUCGAGGUGAACGGUGAUCCAAAUCCGCAAACUUUUGAUAACAGUGUAGACGGAAAAAGUCAGAAGAGCAGAAGACUGAACAAACUUACCGUAUCGUCGGGCAAGAUCACCUCCUCGAUGCUAUCGAAACUUGCGCUGCAGAAGGAGGACGGGAAGAAGAAGACGGUCGAGAAGUACUCGAAGAGACUGAACAAUCUGACGAAAGAAAACUUGGUACUACGAAACACUCUCGAUCCAAACACGAUAGCGGAGGAAUUGGAUGGCCGCGCUACUAAUUCUGACGCGAGGAUCUCCGAGGCUUUGUCAGCUGGUGCUCAUCCUGGAAUGCUGGUCCUGGCUGGCGCUGUUCUCGGUGCCGUGGCUGCUCUGACCGUAGUGUUGUCGCGACGAGCCACGUUGCGCCGGAGGGAUAGGUAUCAUCGUCACGAGAACAUCGAAGUUCAUACGCUCACCCCGACCGCUGAACUUUGGUGACCAGAGUCUGAAUACGCUAGAUUAUUCGAGAGAGAUAAGCGACUAGACGCCGAAGAUUGCGGGAAACUUGUCAAAAUUUCGUCGACAUCGUCUAAACGAUCGUGGGGGACGCGGCUGCUGAACGCGUACUUCGAGAGGACACCGAAGUAGUCUGGUAUUUCUUGCCGAAACAUGAAAACGCGUAUCGAGGAAUUCCGACGCAACGGAAGCGACCAGAAGCUUGACCGUGCACGGUUCAUCGCGCGACAAACGGACACUCGAUAUCCGAAGCUUCGCGGAGCAUAAAUCCCGACCGGUAACUUCGAAAUGCCAAGUAUCGAUUAGCGGCGAAUCGCGUUGCAUUAAUCGUCGCGAAGAACGGGUUUCGACGCAGCCAACACCUUUCGGCGAGAAAUCGUUCGGCAAUAACAUAGUACAAACUCGACUCGAGUGAACAGCGACGAACAAUGAGAAGUUGCGAUGUACACUGCUCGAACAGAUUACCUUACUUUUCCGUGAGAUACCCGAAGUAGUUCCCGUAUAACCAUCAGGCUCAGCUUUGUCCGUCGGGAAAUACCGAGCACAGGAGAAAGUUCAGUCAAGGAAGCUGUUGGGAGAAACCCCGCGGAGUCUGCAGAACAUCCCUUGAUGCGAAUCUCGACUGAACGGUGAACUUCGAGUUGGAGUUCGGUUACAUUACAAAAAAAAAAAGAAAAGAAGAAAAAAAAAACAUGGACGUCGAAUUUGUUUGAUCGAGGACUCGAGGAAACGAUAUUUACAUAGAAGUACUCGAAACGGAACGCGUCGAAUCGAUCUUCGAGCAUCCCUUCGUCCGGUUUUCCGUGCGCAGUUUCUUUCUCGCGUAGGACGAAGGACGGCAAGAGGAAAAUACAAACUGCAGGUGGCAAUAAUUAAGAAGCAGUCGCUCGUACUGGCUCGAUGUCGGGCGAUCAAACCGUUAAAUAGCGCAUAGUGACAAUAAUGAUUGUAAACGUGCCGCGUCUCCGCAUCGGACUUUUCAUCGCACGUUUCGGACGCUUUCGUGACUGGGUGUAGAAGUGCAGGUGCGACGAAAAUACGGCGAGAAAGGGCGCCGGGAAGAAGGCUGGGAAAAAGGGGAAAGACGGAGGAACGAAAUUGGAGAAACGAAGGGAACGUGAUGGCGUGAAAUUCGCGGUGGCGAAUUGUACGUUUGAAUGACAGUGCGAGACGGGAAACGAGAGCGAUUGCUGGCCGAACUUUUAUCGAACGCUGCGAAGAUCGAGUGAGAGAAGAAAGCGUGAGUGUGCGAAAGAGUAAGUGAAUGAGGGUGUGAGAUAGCAUGAGAGAAACGAGCAAAGAGAGCGAGAGAGCGAGAGAGCGAGAGAGAGAGAGAGAGAGAGAGAGAGCUAGCUAGCUAGCUAGCUAGCGAGAGAGGGAGAGAGUGUAAGAGAGAAAUGAUCGCGAGGUGAAAACCGUUUUUAAAGACGGUCGACACCGAGUGUACAGAAACAUAGCUUCCGAACUUAAUUCUAGCGACUUGGCGAGUCGCUAAGACUCCUCGACAAACGGAACAAAAACGGAGGAUAAGAGCGGGAGAGAACAGAUAAGAAAUAACGAAGAGGCUAGACAUUAUCUUUCUUAAAAUAACCAGUGUCAAAGUACCGCUAUGAUAAUAAACCGACGUACAAAGAUGC